GAUUACCAGGAAUUUAGGAGGAUUAACAUGCAUUUUGUGGAGGGUUGUUGGAUUGACCUCCGGACUAAUCUAAUGAUGUUUGUUUGUGCAUGUGUGCGUCUCAGGUGAAGCAUAUCUUUGAGGACCCUCCCUGCAAGUGUCCCAAUAAGUUCUGUGUGGAGAGACAGGCUCAGGGCCGCUAUCGCGUCGGAGAGAAGAUUCUCUUCAUCCGGAUGCUACACAACAAGCAUGUGAUGGUGCGUGUGGGAGGAGGCUGGGAGACCUUUGAGAGCUACCUGUUGAAACACGACCCAUGUCGGAUGCUCCAGAUCUCCAGAGUGGAGGGGAAGACCUUUCCCAUGUCCCCCAAGUCACCCAACACCAAGGACCUCACCCCAGACAGCUACUUGGUGGUGGCCGCACACUACCGCAGCAAGAAGUAAAGAUGGCCGCCUACUAACACAACAAGAAGUAAAGAUGGCCGCCUACUACCGCAGCAAGAAGUAAAGAUGGCCGCCUACUACCACAACAAGAAGUAAAGAUGGCCGCCAACUACCACAACAAGAAGUAAAGAUGGCCGCACACUACCGCAGCACGAAGUAAAGAUGGCCGCCUACUACCACAACAAGAAGUAAAGAUGGCCGCCUACUACCGCAGCAAGAAGUAAAGAUGGCCGCCUACUACCGCAGCAAGAAGUAAAGAUGGCCGCCUACUACCACAACAAGAAGUAAAGAUGGCCGCACACUACCACAGCACGAAGUAAAGAAGGCCGCCUACUACCACAACAAGAAGUAAAGAUGGCCGCCUACUACCGCAGCAAGAAGUAAAGAUGGUCGCCUACUACCACAACAAGAAGUAAAGAUGGCUACCUACUACCGCAGCAAGAAGUCAACUGGCGCUUCAACCAAGGGGAUCAGUUUGAGCAAGGCGAGGAUGGUGAUGGCCUACUACCACAACAAGAAGUAAAGAUGGCCGCCUACUACCGCAACAAGAAGUAAAGAUGGCCGCCUACUACCACAACAAGAAGUAAAGAUGGCCACCUACUACCACAACAAGAAGUAAAGAUGGCCGCCUACUACCACAACAAGAAGUAAAGAUGGCCGCCUACUACCGCAACAAGAAGUAAAGACAUUCAUGAGGACCUGAGGAAAUGACCUCUUGCCUUUCCCAACUAGCAAAACUGAUUGAAAUGACAGUGACACAGGGCAAAGCCAGUUGACACUGUCAUUCCAACCAGAUUCCAACCAGUUGCUUGUACAGUAUGUCUUCUAGUUGAUGUAAGCCACAGCCGGCCCACCUGAGCUACAGAAUAGACAGUGGCCAGCAGGUAUAUAUCUCCUGUCCUAGCGGUCACGGCAAACUAGCGUCACGGUGACGGUUUGAUUUGGAUUUCUAGCCUUUGAGAAUAAUCUAUGCAAUCAUUUUGACAAUCAUUUUUAGUCGGGGAUUGAGGCUGGUAUAUUUGGUUCUAAAAGCAUGUUUUCUAAUGUUACCUUGUGUGUAUUUUGUUUGACUUUUGUCAUUCAUUCAUUUAAUAGUGUGAAAGUAUAGUAUGACUUCUGUAAUAAUUGAUAUAUUCUGAAUAGUGAUUGGAUACUGGUAAAUCUGAAUCUGGACAUGUUCCACCAAUCAUGUUCCUCCUACGGUUCCACCAAUCAUGUUCUUCCUACGGUUCCACUAAUCAUGUUCCUCCUACGGUUCCACCAAUCAUGUUCCUCCUACGGUUCCACCAAUCAUGGCGUUUUUCCUUUCCUUGUUUUCUAAAUAUGCAGCUACACCACACAAGGGAAGAUAAUCAUGGCUAAAACAAUAUAUUUUUAAAUGUAUUCAUGUAAUCACACAAUCAGUCACAGUACAGGCUUACUGGUUACCAUGCCCAGGGACUUGUCUCUGGCUUGAGCUUUUGGCUUUAAAGACCAAAGGGUUCCACCAUUCAAUCUAAUGGAAGUCAACAUUUAAAAUAUGUUUGAAAUAGUGCUACUUUAUUAUGUUAAAAGUCCUGACUAAUAUGAACAGCUGUAGGAUGUGUUUAUUAUGGUGCUGAUUAUGGAUUUCUCUGUAAUGUCUGUUAAGAGUGAUUCUCUUUUUUUUCACGAGCUAGUUCUGCUCUCCUGUUUUGAAGUUAAAAGCUUUUGAUCAUUUGUUAAGGAACGCUAUUAACAUCAUUAUUGUGAGAAGAUUAUUUCCGAGGAUUAAAGAGACAAUCAAAUGUAGAA